CAAUUUCAAUUUAUUUAUUCUUGCAAAUUAACUACUACUACAUCUUACGAAUUUUUGUAUGAAAAUUAAAAAAUAACUAUCACAAUCAGCGUUUUAUUUUUUCUAUAAAAAGCAAAUAUGAGAACAUUUUCUGAGUUAUGAUUGCCCCCUCUCGCGACUCGUGUGCUUCUAGUACACUUGGAUAAAGCUCUGUUACGCAGAGCUUUUACAACAAUGCCUUGGAUAAUCCGAGACAGCUGUCAGUUUGUCAAAAGUGUUCUCUCGUCAUUGCAAACUGGGGUUAGACGAAUUAAAAUAAUUUUAUCGUCUCAAUCAGAGCAAGUGCCUGAGGAAACUGUUGGAAAAGUGACCAAGAGUGUCCAAAGACCAAUGAAGUGUGUCGCGUGAGUGGCCCAGCCUGUGAUAAAUGUGUUCUAGCCACCCUCAUGACUACGGAGGCACCCCUGCUGCAGCUGGACUUGGACGAAAAAACACUAGAGAGCCCCAAAAACGACGUCCCACCCCAUCUGCAGACACAGCGCAAGGACACACAGGAGCAUCACUCGAGGGAGACAAGGAGGAACACACGGCGGUGCCCCGAUGACAAGAACAGCGUAAUCUCCCUAUCCAGUUCAUCCACGGCGGGUGCUGACGACGAAGAGGAGGAGGAAGAAGACAUUUGCUUGGUGCCUGAAGUCAGCUUCGAAGGCAUCAAUCUGGAUUCAGGCGGAGUGGACAACCGAGAGUCGCAGCCCCUGUUGGGCGGACGCGACUGUCCGGACACGGCCAUCAAUAACUUUCCAGCAGAAAUCAGUGGAAAUGGGAGUAUAGAAAAGUGCUUUGAAAGAGAUGAUGUGUUAAUCGUGGCAGAAGAGAUCGACGAUGACGAGUUUGAUAACGCGAAUAAAUUCACAGAUGAUCCGCAAUUCAGCGAAUUGGUGAACCAGGCUGAGAUUGCUAUUGAGCACGGAAUUUAUCCAGAUAGGAUUUACCAAGGCAGCAGUGGAUCGUAUUUUGUGAAGAAUCCAUCAGGGAAAGUCAUAAGUGUAUUCAAACCCAAAGAUGAGGAACCGUACGGACGUUUGAAUCCCAAGUGGACAAAAUGGAUGCACAAGCUCUGCUGUCCAUGUUGCUUUGGACGUGCCUGUUUAAUUCCCAAUCAGGGAUAUCUCUCUGAAGCGGGUGCUAGUUUGGUGGACCAAAAACUCAAGUUGAAUGUCGUGCCGAAGACGCGAGUGGUGCGCCUCGUGUCAGAAACCUUCAACUAUAUGCGACUGGAUCGGCAGAAGGCGCGCAUUAAAAAGACCAUCAAGGAGCGCUAUCCGUCAGCGCGCUUCAAUCGAAUGAGUCUCCCGCCGAAAGUUGGCUCUUUUCAGCUCUUCGUCGAUGGUUAUAAAGAUGCCGAUCACUGGCUGCGACGUUUUGAACAAGAGCCAUUACCGCCAAAGCUGAACACCACCUUCCAGCUGCAAUUUGAGCGCCUUGUUGUGCUGGAUUACAUCAUUCGCAACACCGACCGCGGCAACGACAACUGGCUAAUUAAAUAUGAUCAGCCCACAAUCGUUAACAACGGCUCAGUAAAGAAUGGCAAUGUAGCGGGCCACAGUAAGCAGGAUUUAGCUGAUCAUACGGAUUGGAAUGUGGUGCAAUUGCCGGAAAUACGAAUAGCAGCAAUCGACAAUGGGCUCGCCUUCCCAUUCAAGCAUCCCGACUCCUGGCGUGCCUAUCCUUACCACUGGGCCUGGUUAUCACAGGCAAAGAUUCCAUUUAGUCAGGAAAUCAAGGACCUGGUUUUACCACUUUUGUCGGAUUUUAACUUUGUCGAAGAACUCUGCAAUGAUCUAUUCCAGCUGUUUAAGCAAGAUAAAGGCUUUGAUAAGGGGCUCUUUGAACGUCAAAUGUCUGUGAUGCGUGGUCAAAUAUUGAAUUUAACACAAGCCCUCAAGGAUGGGAAAAGUCCUCUGCAAUUAGUCCAAAUGCCAGCGGUUAUUGUUGAAAGAUCAAAAGCCAACCCAGGAUCAUCACGAUUCUUUUCAUUUCAGCAACGCUUCCAGAAUAAGAGUCCCUUCUUUUCAUGGUGUUAACCUAUCUGAUGUUUCUUGUAACGUGGACUUGAGGUUCCCUUCUAAGAUUAUUCAAUAUUGAGAUAUACAAAUGAUAAUACCAUUAAGAUUAGAUAACUGCAAAGAGCAAAUUCUAUAUUUCUCCACCAGUUAAGUUUCUAUUGUUAGCCAUUUGAAAAUUACAUGAGAACAAAAACUUUCU